GCCGUCUGGAGAGGAACAGCGUGGCCGCCUUCCUGCUGCUGGUGAAGAACUUCAUCCAGAACCACCCGGUGAACCAGGAGAGCCUGGUGCAGUGCCACGGGCCGGCCAUCAUCGGGGCGCUGCUGCAGAAGGUCCCCAGCCCGCGGCUGGACAUGAGCCUGCUGAUGGCCUCGCAGAUGCUCAUGGAGCAGGUGGCCUCCGAGGGCAGCGGCCUCCUGCUCCACCUGCUCUACCAGCACCUCCUCUUCGAUUUCCGCAUCUGGAGCAACAGCGACUUCGCCGUGCGCUUAGGUCACAUCCAGUACCUGGCCAACAUCGUCAAGGACCACAAGCAGCGCAUCCGCAAGAAAUACGGCGUGCAGUACGUGCUGGACUCCAUCCGGACGUACUACGGCACCCCCAAGGAGAAGCCCACGGCGUCCGACAACGUCAAGACGGUGCAGACAUCCCUCUUCAGCCUGGUGAAGGACUUCUUCUGCAGGAGCUUCUCCGCGGAGGAGAUGCAGAGCUUGCUGAGCUACGUGGUCGCAGCGCAGGACGAGCAGCAG